AUGCAGUUCUCUACUGCUUCUUCGAAUACAGUCAAUGCAAUGGAUCCGGAUAGGAAUGUUGGGUUCAUCCCGCAGGCUGUUCGUAUUCGCCUGAGCAAGGCGUUCCUUUCAUUGUUCUGUAUUCUCAUCUCUUUGGCUUCUGGAGCCUACUUCCACCUCCUUUCCAACAUUGGCGGCUUAUUAACAGGACUUGAAUUUAUUCUGACCUCAGCGUGUUUCACCUUAACAAAACCAUGGGAACAGUGGAAAAGGAUGGCAAUCUUGAUUGUUACUGCAUUUUGGGGAGGGGCUUCAAUUGGUCCUUUGAGUAACUUGUCCAUCUUGACUGAUACUGGUAUUAUUGUCAGUGCUUCUGUGGCGGUUGCUUUACCUUAUGGCUGUUUCUCGGUGGCAUCCAUGCUGACAUCGCAUUCAGAUUACUUCUACUUGGGUGGCAUGCUUUCUUCUUAUGCCUUAAUCCCGAUUUGGUUGCUUUUUGCUUCUGUUGUCUUUGGUGGCUUAACAGCUACUUGGAUUUUUACGGUAACCAAUUAG